UCGCCCCCCGCUGCCCAAGCGGCCGCGCGGACUGGACGGCGGUAGACGUGGCGGCGGACAUGGGCCCCUUCUCGAUGGAGCUGCUGCUGCAGCCGCUUUUCAGCUUCUCCACCGUGGCCUUAGUCGCCGCCCUGCUGCUCCUGGCCCUGUGCCUGCGCCCCGGGCGCACCAGGAGACCUGGUGAGCCUCCAUUGAUAAAAGGUUGGCUUCCUUACCUUGGGAAUUCCCUGGAUUUAAAAAGAGAUCCCAUAGGUUUCUUGAAGUCUGUUCAAAUGCAACAUGGUGACACGUUUACUCUUUUCCUUGAGGGAAAGUACAUAACAUUUAUCUUGGACCCUUUACAGUUCUCCUUAGUGAUGAAAAAUCACAAAAAAUUGAGCUUUCAAGAAUUUAGUAAUAAGUUGCUAAUGAAAAUGUUUUCCAUCAAAAAAGUGUCAACCAAUAAGGAUCUGAAGAAUGAAAUUCAUCUCUGCAAUCAAUAUUUACAAGGAAAAUAUAUGGACACACUCCUGGAAAAAUCUCUGCAAAAUGUAAAACAAGUUUUUGAACCACAACUAUUAAAAAUGACAAACUGGGAGACAUCACAUAUUUACUCUUUCUGCAGUUCAUUAAUGCUGGAGAUCACAUUUUCAACCAUAUAUGGAAAAUUUACUGCUGGCGACUGGAAAAAAUUUAUCGCUGAGCUAAAAGAUGACAUUUUAAAAUAUGAUGAUAAGUUACCAUAUUUUGUAUCGAAUAUACCCAUUGAAUGUCUAGGAAAUGUCAAGUCUAUGAAAAAGAAACUUACAAAACAGUUUAUACUAGAAAACUUAACUAAGAUACAAGGGUGGUCAGAAGUUGUUCAAAUGAGGCAAAAAGUAUUGGACAAAUACUAUAAUCAUGAAGACUUUGAAAUAGGAGCACAUCAUUUUUGCUUUCUCUGGGCCUCUGUGACAAACACUAUUCCAACAAUGUUCUGGGCGAUGUAUUAUCUGCUACGGCACCCAGAAGCUAUGGCAGUGCUUCAUGACGAAAUUGACCAUUUGCUGCAGUCAACAGGUCAAAAGAAAGGGUCUGGAGUUUCCAUCCACCUCACCAGAGAACAAUUGGACAGCCUGGUCUACCUAGAAAGCACUGUAAUGGAGGUUUUACGACUAUCCUCAUUUUCAAGCAUCGUGCGUUGUGUUCUUGAAGAUAUGACUCUACAUUCAGAGACUGGAGACUACCACCUACGAAAGGGAGACUUGCUAGCCAUCUUUCCUGCAAUGAUACACAGUGACCCUGAAAUCUAUGAUGCUCCAAUGGAAUUUAGAUUUGAUCGUUUCGUAGAAGAUGGUAAGAUUAAAACCACCUUUUACAAAAGAGGGGAAAAGCUGAAGUAUUACCUAUUACCAUUUGGAUUUGGAGCCAGCAAAUGUCCAGGACGAUUUUUGGCAAUUGCUGAAAUAAAGCUAUCCCUGAUUGUACUUUUAACUUACUUUGAUUUAGAAAUAAUUGAUGAUAAACCUGUCAGGCUAAACCAUGAUCGCUUUUUUCUUGGUAUUGAGCAUCCAGAUUCAGAUGUUUUAUUUAGGUACAAAGCGAAAUCAUAAAAGGCUAAAAGGAAAGAAACCUAUCCUCAGCUCAUCUAUUUGUUUUUCAUUUCUGCAAAUGUAAUUGAUUUGUGCAUUUGUUUGUUUAAAAAGUGCCAAUUUCAGCUUGUUGUGAGAUCAGUCUGGUUUGUAUUAGUCACAAAAUCCAUCAUAAAAUGCAACGAUGACAGUAUAAAAAAGAUCUCAAAGUCAAUUGAAUAAUAAACUUAAAAUAACUUCUAUAAGUUUCCACAUAUUGUGAUUUUCACCUGUCAUAGAAAAUGUACUUUCAAAGCAAUAGAUUUAGCACUUUUUAUAGUCACUCAAAUUCUUCACUAAUAUAUAAAAAAAUAUACUUUUUGUAUUGCUGGAAAUUUGUGCUGGAAAUGGACACAGUCUAACAAAUUCCAAAUUCUCAGGAAGGAAAUUAAAUUUCCAUGAGCUAGACUAGAUAAAAAUAUUUCCUUCAAGUAUAUUAUCAGUAAUAUCUGUAUUGCCAGAAUAUGUUUACAUUAAAUGAGUUUCUUAGUAUAUUAAAUGCUUCAACUUCACUUUAAUAUUUAAUCAAUAAGUGUUCUUUAUUACUUUGUAUACUAUGGCUCAAUAGAAUAACAUUUUUUGUUAUGUAAGGCCACUCAUGUUCAAGUUAGAUGGUUGAAGAUUUAAUAUGUAAGUACACUCAAAACCUAUUAUAUAUUCAAAAAUUGUGUUAGGCAUUCAUAUUGGCUUUAUUGUAAGAGCAAAUAUUGAAAUCAUUACAGGAUUGACUGUAGUAUUUUGUUUUAGCAUAAACUAUAAAGUUUGUGCCAAUAUUGCAAUUAACCAUGAAUGAAAUACUUUCAUUUUUGGAAGCUAAGAAACUAAAUGGCAGUAUUCUUGAUAGCUCACCUUUUGAAUUUGGGGUUUAUUUGUAUUAUUUCGAAUUACACUAUGGAAUGCAGUAUAAUUUCAUAUGCCGCAAUUUAGCAUUGUGUUAUUGAUUCAAUUAUUUCAAAUACCAGAUUACCAAUUGACUACCUGGCUUCUGAUAUGAAUGAUCAUACCUAAUGUAAACACAGAAAGCAGCUAUAAAAGUUAAUUCAUGCUGCAUUAAUUGGAACUUCUAAUAUUUCAGUAAUGUGUUAAUGUUGUUUAAAAGGAAAGUGAUUUUUAAAAUAACAUUAUAGGGCUUCCCCAGUGGCGCAGCGGUUGAGAGCUGGGUUGCCAAGCUGCCUGCAGCCUCUGCGGCACCAGUUCGAUACCCGGCUGCUCCCCGGCCACCAGAGGAGGGUCCCACAUGGUGCGCAGACCUCUCCUGCCGCCCGCUGCUCCCCUCGGCAGUGUACUUUGGUCCUUCCGCCUGCUCUGCUCCCCGCUCUGGCUCUGGUGAAUUCUCUCACCCUUCCGCACUUCUGACUGUACCCAGUGCUUGUAUAAAUAAAUAAAUAAAUCUUUUUAAAAAAAAUUAUUAAAAAAAAAGAAAAUGUCUUCAUUAUUGUCCUCAUUCUUGAAAAGAGAUUUUACUAUUGAUAGAUGCACAAGUCUGGGUUAAAAGUUAUUUCUUCAAAGCACUCUGAAGUUCUUGCACAUUCUUAAGGCUGCCAUUGUUGUUAUCAAGUGGCUGGCAUUUAAUAAGUUUAGUUAUUUGGGGAGUAGUCUGUGUCUUCUCUCUAAUGGCUUUCAUUUGUUCUCUUUGUCUUUGAUGUUCUUCAUUUCUUUCUGUUUUUCAUGCUUACAUGUCAUGGUGUUUCUUGAGUCUGAGAAUGGAUAGCUUUUAUCUACUACAGAAUGUUCUGAACUAUUAUCUCUUUAAAUAUUACAUCUUCGGCCUCCCCGGUAGCCCAGCAGUUGAGCGCUGGGUUGCAAGGCUGCCCACAGCCUCUGCAGCGCCGGUUUCAUACCCAGCCACUGGGUGAGGAUCCCACAUGGCUUGCAGACCUCUCCUGCCACCCUCUGCUCCCCUCAGCAGUGUACUUCAUCAGUCUGCCUGUUCUACUCUCUGCUCUGUCUCUGGUGAAUUCUCUCACCCUCCUGCACUUCUGCCUGUACCCAGUGCUUGCAUAAAUAAAUAAAUCUUAAAUAAAUAAAUAAAUAAAUGUUACAUCUCUCUGACUCUAUAUUAGAUCCCCUUGUUCUACAUUUCAUGUGGCUUGACCUUGCCUCCCCUGGUUUUCUAUCUCUAAAUUUACAUUGUUUCUUCAGAUCUCUUCCAGUUUAUUCUCAGUACACUAUUUCUAAUCUGCUCUUUUACUCAUUCAUUGAGGUUUUUUUCUUUUUAUUUUAACUUAAGGUUUAUAGGAUUGAGUAAUCAUAUUCCUUAAACCCCUUAGUUCAUGAUUCACAAGUAUAAUUGCUCCAAGGUUCUUCUGACUUUUAUUUAUGCAUUCUGUUUUAUCUCUUAUCUCUACCACCAAACCAUCCCUAUUAUAACUGAAUAUUCUUGUGUUUUGGAUGUAUAUGUUUUUCUUUUUCUUGGGUUCAUAUGUUUUUAAUUUAUAUAAAUGCAUUUUAUAGAAAUCAUAUCUUUCAUAAUUUUCUUACUAAGCUGUACAUAUUAAAUCUAUUGCUUUUAACAGUUGCAAAGAUUUCCAUAGUGUUCACCCACCAUACUUUAAUGAUCUAUUUACCUAGCGAUGAAAAUUUUUGGUUAAUGAGUUAAUCUGAGAGAGAGGCCAAAGCAAAAGUUGAAAGAGACUCAAACCUACCCUCCUAUUGUUAUGCCCAGCUACCCUCUGCCCUGAGCUGCUACAAACCACAUCCUCCACCCAUGUCCCCAACAAUCAUGUUUAGUCCAUAGAGCCUUCAUUCUCUUUGUGAUAUUAUGUAUUUUAUCCUCAGAUCCUUACAACCCUCUCUCCCCACGGGAACACCAGGCUUGAUUUUGAUUAAGUGUACCAGCCCCUAACUUGUCAGAAUUCAGGUUUUCAUUUCCACUCAGUUUGUUAAA